UCGGCGGACGUUUUCACCAAAUAUGGGAUGUUACUGACGAGGAUUAUAUUAUGUAACCCGUUCGCUCACUACGUUACGCUGAAGCUUAAACGUUUUUGUGACUCGUCGUAUAAUUUCUGUGUGUCAAAGUGACGAAUAUCUCCUUGUAUUUGUCUUGCUCGGUGUUAUUGCUAUCGUCAGCCGUAUGUGUAUAGUAAAUAGAACAGGGAGUGCCAGGGAGGGCAACUGACGUAAGCCUCUAAGCGUAAACUAACCCCUAUUUCCGGACUGUGCACCUCGCCGUCGACACUGUCCUAAUCUCGCUUCAUAAACUGUUCGGCGUUCGAAAUGGCCGAACGGAAAAAACACAUAUCGUCUUUAGAAGAGGACCCAGAUGAAAUCACUGUACUUGAAAGUGAGGACAUCGACUGUGAGUCAGAAACAGAAAAUUGUACAUCGGAUAUUCGCGUGGAAAAGAAAUCACAGUCUCUACGCAAGAAGCUUGGACUAAAAUUGAACCUAUCUUCGUCAAGUCCGAAAAAAGAAAAAAGGGAUAAGAAUCGACACGAGGAGUCUACGAAAUACAAUAAGAACGGCACAAUAAAACCCCAAAAGCGAUCGAGAUUUUGGAUUUUCAGAUCGAAAUCAAAGGACGACGCUGGCAGUCGUCGUCCUUGUCGUCAUACAAAUUGUUCUUCUCCGUGCUGUUCGCGGUCACGGUCAUUUCGGGAGCGUCUGAGGCGAAGGACAUCUAGAGAAAACUCGCUCGACCACGGAGACUACGGCCACCUCACUUGUCCUACUUGUAGGCUGAACCAUCAACAUCACCACAAUCUAGACAACCACACAAGUGGGACUAGUGAGGUUUUCACAGCAAAGAAAAAACGCAUGAUUCAUGCUAUUGAUUUAGAAAAUUUUAACCCAGAUGACUACCCUACAACAGACAUUGAUGAAAAAAUGCGACGAGUGAGAGCUAAAGAAAUGGAGGAAGGUGUGCCAGUUGACCUUCCCAGCAGGCCCACCCUUGACACUCCUGUACCACCACCCGCGAGAAAAUCAACCCCUGAUGCUAUGAAUGCACAGCUUGACCAGUUGGAAUGUUCCUUUUCUAAUGGAUGUGUCAUACGAGAAAGUGUACAAAAAGUAGAUUGCCAAGAACCAAUAGAGAGUGGGAGCGUUAUUUCAGAUUCCAGUGUACAUAUGGUUGGACAGUAUGGAUGUUUGACACCCAAUGGAUCAUAUGCCCCACGGACAGUUCACACACAGAUAGACUAUAUACACUGUCUGGUUCCUGACUUACAAACUAUUUCAAGCAGUAGUUUCUAUUGGGGGCGAAUGGACAGAUAUGAGGCAGAGAGACAGUUAGAAGGCAAACCAGAAGGAACUUUUUUGCUGAGAGAUAGUGCCCAAGAAGAAUUCCUGUUUUCGGUUAGCUUCCGUCGAUAUGGUAGAUCUCUGCAUGCAAGGAUUGAACAAUGGAAUCAUAAAUUUAGCUUUGAUGCCCACGACCCAGGCGUGUUCUCAGCUAUCACUGUAUGUGGACUUUUAGAGCACUAUAAAGACCCUAAUUUUUGCAUGUUCUUUGAACCAAUGUUAACCAUUCCACUACCAAGACGAAACCCUCUUAUGCUACAGCAUUUAUGCAGGGCAGUUAUAUACACAUAUAUGAGAUAUGAUGAUAUAAAACUGCUCUGUUUACCAUCAUCAUUGCGAGAAUAUCUGAGGGAAUAUCAUUAUAAACAGAAAGUGAGAGUGCGUAGAUUUGAGAUCGAUGGACCUACAGAGAAAGAAAUCUACUAGAUAUUUAUAUGAAUUUAUUAGAAAAUAUGAAUACAGUACUUUUCAUUCCACAUGACCAAACUGGUGUCGUACAAAUGAUUGCAUCAACUCUAUAUUUAGCAUGUAUGCCUUUGAUACUAUUGUUGGUAUUUCAAUGAGUAAACAGGCUCUGGAAUUCAAGCUGCUUGUCAAUUAAGGACACAGCAACUACCCUCCUCCCCUUCAGCUUCAAAACAAUUUGAUACUGUAAUGUUACCAUGUUGAGUCGUAUAUUUUGACCCCACCCACAUACCAUUAUACACUUAUAAAAUGAAAGGCGGUUGUAUAGGUGUAUGUGCUGGUAUUUAUUUUUUAAUUCUGUGUGGGCGAGGAUGUUGUAAAAAAAAAAUUCUUGUUUUUGCCUGUUUCCUUUUUUCACCACAAAGAUCUUAUUCAGCUUUUACGACAAGAAUGAAAUGCCAUGUAUUGCUUCACUUAGUGGUUUUAUUUAAAUUAUCUCUUAAUUUGAAUGCCAAACAAUAUGAUUUAUUGUUUCAAAGAUUCAUUAAUUAUUUAUAUUUUUUUUUAAUUUAAUUUGUUUUCAUUGCUGAUGAUAUCAGUUCAAUAACUGAUGUUUGAUAAUUUCUAAAUUUAUUUUAAACUUUGUUCUAUAUUUUCAAUUUUGUUCUCCAUUUUUUUUACAUUUUAUUUAGACAAUCACUUUUUCAAUGUAGGAAUGAUAUUGACAAAGGUCAAUCAAUACACAUUGUUUGUCACAGCAAGAUUAUAUUAAUUAAUUUAUUUAAUUGUUUGAAAUACCCUGGUCGCAACUAUGAAUGAAGUUGGAAAUAUCAAUGGUAUUAUCACUGUGAGCUUAACUGCAGGAACUCUACACAUGUCCGUCCAGCUGUGGCCAUCUUGGCUCACUAAAUUAGUGAAAUUCCAUUUUCCUGAAAGACACUCAUGUUUUGUUUUUUUCUACUUCUUAUAAGUCUGGAUAUAAUUAUAUCCUAUAAUUACAAAUUAGCUGAGUUUAAGCUGUAAUUCAAUUUUAACUGGACCUGAUAGUAUUGCGUUAAUGGUUUCCAGAUCUUCCAACACAUAUGCAAGUUAGCUAAUCAUAUUUUCACAGCUCAUCCAUAGGCCUCCAGUUAAAAAUUCAAAUCACAUUUUGGCUUAACAGUAAUAACCAAGGUUUACAAACAAUGUCAGCAAUUUAUUGAACUGGUAUUGACACUUCAGUCAUAUGGUAAUGCCUACCACCAUGUCUUGAAAGGUCAUGUCAGGAGGCAAUUGCUUAAGGUUGUGAAAAUCUGAUGUUUUGGCAGUAUCAAUGUGCUAAUUUAAUCAACAUUAAUUUGUUAAUUAAAGUAUAAUCUUUCAUUAGUAUUGCCUGAGCUUUCAACAUUUGCUGUUUUGAAAUUUUCAAUAGCCAAUGUAAAUUAUUUUGUUAUUCAAAGUGUGCUUUUCUGGGGGGCAAAACAAAACUGUAAAUUUUUCACCAACCAUGCAAAGCAAGUGAAACUUAAGCCACGGCACCCAGUUCAUUUAUUAUAAUUUAUUUAUUAUAUUCAGUGAAGACAAAUCAUGAUUGUAAUAUUUAUUGUAAUAUGCUUAUCGCUUUCUUGUUUUUAUACUCUGUAUCAUGGCAAUUCACUUUUCCCCUGGAGCUCAUAGCUCCGAGUGGUUAAUUAUCGAUAUCCAAUUAUUGCUCUGGGAGUUGGAGUAACUUGCAUGAAACUACCAAUAUCAUAAGACUGAAAAUGUCUGUCAGGUGAUUCCUUGAAAAAGUGUUGUUGCUACUGCCACUAUAAAAACUUACCCCUCACUUUGGUGCACUUGUCUUCAUCACUAAGACUGUGUAACCUAUGCUUAUGAUACUGGUAGUGUUCCAUGUUCAAAUUAAAUGUCACACCAUACAUGUUGUCUAUAAUGAUGAAAUCAUUCUUUUUGUACAAUUCCUAAAAUAAUGCUGCAUGUUUUCACAAUCAUCUGUUUUAUUUAUAGAGUUUGAAUAGAGAUCAUGUUCAACACAAUCUCCUAUAUAGUUCUAAAAAUAUAUUGUUUAAACAUGAUUAUUAAAGAAAUAGUAUUUCUAA